AUCUGGCAUCAAUCACCAUCACAAACACACACACACAUACACACACAUACAUACACAUCACACGGAAAAAUGCAUCCGAGAUCCACCGUUCGACAUUGAACAAAACUCUUACACCUUGGCUACGAGUACGCACGCACGCACUAAUGAUGCUGCAGGGAGCCAGCGAGGGCGCGUGACACACAAACACACACACACACACUCAUGAACACAAAGACAAAAACGAGAUCCCCUCUCCCAAUCUAAAAUCGAAAAAAACAGUGAAAAACGAUGUGUCAAAAAAUAGUAUUAACCAAAGACUGGAUAAAUUUUUAACGUGUAUUUUAAAAGAAACCCGAAACAGAGUCACGCGAAGAUGGUGCACCAAAAACACUAAUUGAACUGCAGAAGUAAAACAAGCGACGGUUGAAACACACACACAAACACACACACACACAGGUUUAAUAAGGGAUGGUUUUCCUAGAGAGUUGCCCAAGAGAAAAAGAGAGACAAAGAGAGAAAGUUAAAAUCAUUUCUCCGUUUGCCAGCUCACUUGCAAAGCGCAUUUUCCGUCGAUCAGUAGCCAUUUCCGUUACAAACAAGCACACAACCCACGUACACAUACACAUAGGUACAGACACUAACUAUACCGUUGGGUUUUGGUUCCGAAAGUUAUGCUGUGGGCAGGAAGAGAAUUUGGACGCGAUGCCCGGCACCGCGAGAGUGGGUUAACGUGGUUCGCGUUAGAAGUAGCUGGAAAGCAGAUUGGAUUGGAUGGAGAUGAGGACAUAUAUUUUUGAAACACAUUUUCACAAAGCAAGCUAGCAACUAGUGCGGCUAAUAAUCUGGUGGCUAAUGAAAAAGGGCCACCAAACAAAAUCAACCCACAAAAACACACAACACACAACACAGCCUACUACACAUAUACAGGCGCCGUCAUUUGGAAUUCAAUGCAAAAAAAAACAAACGGAAUUAAGUAACAUAGAACAAAUUACAGAACAGGGUGCAGAAUACACCGGGACUCGAAGCUCGACAAACAAAACAAAAUCCACCAUAAACGCAACAGAAGUGUGUGAGAACCGUUUUCCGGAUUCCAUUUCUUAUCAAAACCAACCGAACCCCCAUGGUUGUGGUAUAUCGGUUGGCUAACUUUUCUACGUAAAAUACGUCAAACGCAGGAGACGCAGGGCUGAAGCUGGAUGGCAACGAAAUGAUGAGACGACGCGACGACGACGACGAAUGAGAACGCAAAUACAAUAAAUCAAGAACGAAGAAACGAAUUUUAUAGCGAAAAUCGAUGCUGAGGAAAGAGAGAGGGAGGUACUGCAGCUGUGCGCAACAUAACUACUAAAGCAUUCCAGCAAAGGGCGGCGGCGUGAACGAUUUGGCGAUUCUCUUUUCGGCGCUCUUAUGCUUAUCUCUUCCAGCGCCGUGUUUUUGUCGUUCUUCGUUGCUGUGCUAAGUUUGGAGGCGCUUCGGCGGUUAAUGAGUGUUUGUAUUGUAUUGUGAACCGCCGCCAUCUGGCAGCUAUUAUGCUUCAAUAACUUCUUAUUUAACACUCUCCCCCCCCCCAAAGGAGGUUGAUCAUAAAAGGUGGACAUUCGGUUGCUUCCCUUUUUCUUGGAGCGAACGACAGGGAUUUCAUCAUUCAAGUAUGUGUAUGUGACAAGCGCGGAAUGGGAAAAUGAGGGGAAAAAGGAAAACCGAUCCCCGUUGAUUGGCUUGCGGCACUCUCUUUCUCACUCUCUCUAUCUCUCUCCUCUUUUGCUGUCCUUUCGGCAACAACCUAAAGAUGUCUCGAUGUUUAAUCGCUUGCAGUCAGCUUUUCCGUGUCAUUAGCCGCACCUUGAUUUGGUCACUUGAACAUUCGAGGACGUUUCGUUUUGUGCUCUUCGGUCACACAGAGAAAGGGGGAAACGAUGCUCAAACGGUGUACAUACGUAAGCACGCUAGCAGGUAGCUGGAAACCAGGCCACAUCCUGGUCCCUGUGCAUCAGCAGCAACAGCAGCAAAGUAUAAAAAUCGGCAAAACGGAAGGUCACUGAGGCGCUGGGCUGGGUAGAUAAAGCAAAUAAUUAACCUUAAGUACAUAAGUGAUAUUUUGAAGUAGUUUGCAAAAAUACCGGGAUACAAAUCGGGAAGAGAUCGCCGAAGAGCGAACAAGAAUUUGAAGCUUCGGCCGAAAAACCGACGAAAGUUCGAGUAGUGCAGUGCAGCGUGUAGCAUGGAACGAAACAUUCCCCCCCUUUUCUUAUCCCAAUUGGCAACGGACAGGCAGGGCAGGCAGACAGGGCAGGGCAGACAGGCAGGGCAGGCAGGGACGGAAGCAAUUUGUAAAAGUUUAUUAGUAGACAGACCAGGGAAGGGAAGACACCAUUAGCUGUAGCAAACCGUGUCAAGUCGCACCUGGGAAAGGAGAAGCGAGUAUCGAAGAAAGAGCGCAUUCUGCAUACUGAAGACUAUGUAGAUGAAUUUGCAUGUACGAUAGCAAAACUUGUAUCAAACGCGACCCUCCCCCUUCCCCGAUCACGGCAGGAACAGAGCAGAAGCAGCAAGAUAAAGCGAGAUGCGAUAUGCGUGAGAGCGAGACGGCGAGAGAGAGAGAGAGAAUGUAAAGGAAGCUAUUUUUUAUGAGAGUUUAUAAUUGUAAUUUUGUGUCCUAGUUGAUAAAAGAUGUGAGCUGUACAGAAAGAGAGAAAGAGAGAGAGAUAGAGAAAGAAAGAGAGAGAGAGAGAGAGAAAGAGAGAGAGAUGUGUCAAGAACAUUCAGAACAGUCGCAGUUCAGAGGAAGGGCAAAGGAGGAGUGAACGAUUGAGCUUCGCAUUCGCCAACUGCGAUCGUGAGCAGGAAAAGGUGUGCUAGUGUGCUAUGUUACAAAACAUUCAAACCGCUACUUGGGUUACCGCUUCGUACGUAAUUUAUAGGGAAAACGGCCAUAGGUUUGUUGGUAAGGGUUGGAGUGAUGGAUUGCACGGGGUGUAAUGCACACUGCAUCCUGGAGGGAUAAGAGCUGGAACAGGAAUUGCAUCUAAUACAAGUACAUCACGCGUAUCUUCACACACACACGCGCGUGCGCGCGCGUGCACACAGCCGUACGCUUAUACUAACCGGAAAUUAAAGGAACGAUGUGCAUCUGUCAAGGCAGACUUGGAUCGAACUCAACAGGAUCUUAGAGAGAGAGAGAAAAAAAGGGAAAAAGGAGGAAAACUAAAACAAAAAAGAAAGAGAGAGAGAGAUAAUGAGAGAGAAGGAGGAAAAAACGAAGAAAGAUCAUAGUUCUAAACCAAAGGAUCGGUUAGCACACUGUGUAAGAAUGUACGAUUACCUUGUUUACUACACUACUAGUUGUGUUUGUGCGUGUGUGCGCGCCUGUGUGCUCGUGUGUGUGUGUAUGUGUAAGGUUAGGCGUGUGUUUCCUGUUCCGGCGCAAACGCUUGUUUCGCUGCUUGUUAUUCAAUGGAAAGUGAUGCUGGAAGAUGAUGUGCGUGUGUUUAAGUAUGUGUGCGUAUAAAGCAAAAAGGGAGAAAAGAACGAGAGAGCGAGAGAGAGAGGGUUCAAUGAUAUCAGUAAGGUUGAGUAAGCAAAUAUGUAAGUUCCAUUCGUUACGUCACGUUGCCAUGUGUUUUUCGAAUAUAUAUUUAAAACAAAAAAGUAGAAACGCUAAGUACAUGAUCCUUACCAAGUCCCGCGAUCCGAAAAAAAACUCCCAUCCCCCCCCCCCCCCCCCUACCACGCUCCAUCAUCCCUCAUGAGGGAAAAAGCAUUUUCCUAGAACAUUAUUGCAUUGUCGCGAAUAGUGAGCGCGCACGGCGCAAUCGUUUAGUAAAUUUAAGGAGACAAAAGUGUUAGUAAAUGUUUACAUACCCAAAACCCAAAUCCCUCUCCCCUUUCCUCCCUUUCCAUUGCACCCCAUUACCCGAUAAAUUCCACGAUCAGCCACGAACUCUGGCGAGGAGGGCUGCCGUGUUUUCUUCAUAAGAAAAUGUAUUCAUUCUACGUGUUAUCAUUGUUGGCUAAAAUCCCCGUUCCCCACCCUUCCCCCUCCCACCCUCCCCGGUGGAAAAAAGGGAACGCGUUGAGACGGUCAGUCACAUUAAAUGCUACCGAGGUCGGCACAUCACCGAGAACGUCUCGUCUCAAAACGCCGAAUCCCGAAACCUCCUUUCACCUUCCUUUGCUUCGAGAAACAUUGAGCUUCCCCGCCCCCUCACCCAACACUCCCUCUAUGCUGCCUCAAUGACGUCCCCCCCCCCCCCCCUCCCCCAUCAGCCUCGUAUAUCCGUUAUUGGCGAUGUCAGGUUUUGUCAAUCAAUUAUUGAAGCAAAAAAGUAAAAACGCAAACAAGCAAACAAAUAAAAAAAAAUGCGCGGAGGAAUGGACGCAAACAAAAAAGGAAGCAUAACGCGCCGCAAAAGUGUUUAAAUUAUUCUUAUCCUUAAGGCUUUUAAAUCGAUAAUUACACCAUUUUAUCACACACACACACUCUCACUCGUGGUAUCGGGCACGCAAACGGGGCAGGGGCCCGGCCAGCCAGCCAGCCAGCCAGCCAGCCAGGCCUGGGUCCGGCCACCUGAGAGGCCGAUUCGGAAGGUUCGGAAAACUCGAGAGGAAAUGUUUUCGUUUUGUCGCAAAGACGUAGCGGAUAGUAAAGGGGAUGCAGGGGAGAGAAAUAGAGGAAAAGGGCAGUGGCAGUGGCGAGGGAGUUGGUGGGGAAUUGUUAGAAAAAAUAAUACCAGCACCGAGGACGUGGGGAAGAAAAUGGGGGCCCGAUGGUGGUAACGAUGACGACGGGGUCCGGUCUUGAUCAGGUUAUUUGUAGAAAGUAGCAAAGGAGUGAAGGCGGUGGUCCGGUGAGGUAGUGGUGAGCGAAAGGGUAAUUUAGAAAAUUUUUAACAAAAGAAAAAAAAAACCCGAACAUUAUAUACAUACAUUACACGUUUAGGAGGUGGACACACACACAGAAACACUCGCACACAAACACACACAGAAACACACAAACACACAUUACCCCCGAGAACGUACUGUACAGGCGCUGGCGCUGACGGCCAACUAGAUCAAUGUGUUGAGCUGAGGUUAUCCUCCUGAAUCCGUUUCCGCCACACAGAAGGCCCUGAAGUUUUUGGUAGUGGGCUUAGCUGUAUUGCGGUUUCUUUGGCGCUUUUCCGUUUCCGUUUGCAAUGCGAAUACGUUGCGCAGUUUUCGGUUUGUUGUGCUUGCGAGGCUAAAGGCGGUGGCGUGAAGGACGCGCCGUUCCCCCAAAAAAAAAAAACCAGAGACGCAGCGACCUCAGGCGAGCGGUUCUCAAGGGGUUCCUCCCCGUCAUGUUUUGAUUUUCGGUCCACGGCCACGCCAACAGGUGAUUAUCGGGAGAAACGCAUGAAUGAAAUGGAAGCUCGUAAGAUUCAGUUCGAUUUAGCAAGCGGAAAGCGGAAAACAAAACACUGAAAACAUCCCUCAUCAACCCAUUAGGAGAAUGGGGCGAUGGGCAAACGAACCUGCCGGUGGUUUACAGAGGGUGGUGCAAGUUGUGAGAAAAAAAGGUCGAGUGGAAAACAGAAGUGAGAAGACACGUGCAAUGUAAACUGGAAGAAGGUGAGGCUGAGAAAUGAAAAACAGGAGGAAAACGAAGCAGAAGAAGAAGAAGAAGAAGAAGAAGAAGAAGAAGAAGAAGAAGAAAAACAGGUGCAACACACAAAAAAAUCGAAAAGGAAUUGUAGCUUAUAACUCUGCUAUGUGCAUAUUAAGUUUAAGAAUGAAAAAGAAAAAUAAACGUACGUUCCUGUUACAAAA